AUGGGACCUGCGAAGGAGGAACUCGAAGAAGCGGAUGGUGGUCGUGUCGACUACCAUCCCAGCACGAUGGCGGCUUCCAAGGACGAAGCUGCGGAAUCCGGAGACGCAAUCAGUAACAAUGAUAAAAGCAUCGCCGGUCGAGAAUCAGAUUAUCAAAAGCGUCGUCAGAAUCGAUUCGUCAGAGCAGAUGGAUUGCCCUACAAAGAUGCCAUGCAAGCGAAACUGCAGCAUGAAGAAGAACAGCAACAGCAAGAGGAAGCUGCCAAACCAGAACCAGAAUCUGGAAGGCGCAAGCGACGAUGGGAUUCUACUCCUGCACCCUCCAGCGGCGGGAAUGUGGUGUCCGAUUCCGACUCUUCCGUGGCGUCAGGCAGUAGUAGACGACGCAAAAAAUGGGACGAAACUCCCGUCGCAGCGUCUACCUCGGUCAUGGAAACUCCCGUCGCGACAUCCACAUCCAAGUGGGAUGCCACUCCCAUGAUGGCUUCGGGCGUACCUGGAGACGCUUCCACCGCGAAGAAGAAAAAUCGUUGGGAAGCAACGCCCAUGGCCACCUCGACAGGAGGCAUCCCUCAAACUCCCAUGACACCUGGAGCUGGGAAUAUUGCCAAGGCCAUGGCGCUAGAACGAGAAAUGGAAUCGAGAAAUCGCCCCUGGACCGAUUCGGCUUUGGAUGCCAUUCUUCCUUCCGAGGGAUAUACCAUCCUGGCACCUCCGGCUUCGUACAAGCCGUUGCGGACUCCUGGCCGAAAAGCAUUGUCCACGCCCACACCUGGAAUGACACCAAGUGGCUUCCAAAUGGACGUCCCCAUUGAACAGCAGCAAAAUGCGUCCAUUCAGGAAAUUAGAAAAGCGUAUGGUGUACCAUUGGCACCUACUUCCGCAGAGGCUGUCGGUGGUGUGGCAGCUGGGAACCUUCCUGAAAUUAAACCAGAGGAUAUGCAGUAUUUUGGAAGACUCAUGGAAGAAGGCGAAGAAACCAACGAACGAAAAAUCAUGGCCCUAUUGCUAAAGAUCAAGAGCGGAACUCCUCCGCAACGAAAAACGGCGAUGCGGCAAAUCACGGACAAGGCUCGCUCGUUUGGUGCUGGACCUCUUUUCAACCAAAUCCUUCCCUUGCUCAUGAGCCCCACCUUGGAAGACCAAGAACGCCAUCUCUUGGUCAAAGUCAUUGACCGUGUGCUCUACAAGCUCGACGAUUUAGUGCGUCCUUUUGUUCAUCGUAUCUUGGCCGUCAUUGAACCGCUGCUGAUUGACGAAGAUUACUACGCGCGAGUCGAAGGUCGAGAAAUUAUCAGCAAUUUGGCAAAGGCCGCUGGUCUCGCGACGAUGAUUGCUACGAUGCGACCCGAUAUCGACAGCCCGGAUGAAUACGUUCGAAAUACGACUUCCCGCGCAUUUGCGGUCGUUGCGAGUGCCCUCGGGGUCCCAUCCAUGUUGCCCUUCCUCAAGGCAGUUUGCCAGUCGCGAAAAUCCUGGCAGGCACGCCACACGGGUAUCAAAAUUGUGCAACAAAUUGCCUUGCUCAUGGGAUUGGCGGUACUGCCUUACCUACGGGAAUUGGUCGAAAUCGUCAGUCAUGGUUUGACGGAUGAAAUUCAAAAAGUGCGCAUCAUGACGGCGCUGACGGCGGCAGCCCUGGCGGAAGCCGCUCAUCCCUACGGAAUUGAAAGCUUUGACGCUGUCAUUCGCCCUCUCUGGAAGGGCGCCAUGGAGCAUCAUGGAAAGGCAUUGGCAGCAUUCCUAAAGGCCAUUGGAUUUGUCAUUCCCCUUAUGGAAGAGAACUACGCCAGUCAUUACACUCGCUUGGUAAUGCCUAUCCUGCUCCGCGAGUUUCACUCUCCAGAUGAAGAAAUGAAGCGCAUCGUCCUGAAGGUCAUCGAGCAGUGUGUUGCGACUGCCGGUGUCGAGCCAGAUUAUAUUCGAACGGAGAUCCUCCCCGAUUUCUUUACAAACUUUUGGAUUCGCCGCAUGGCGUUGGAUCGAAGGAACCACAACCAGGUCAUUGAAACGACCGAGGAGCUGGCCAACAAGGUGGGCUGCUCCGAAAUCAUUGAGCGGAUCGUGGAUGAUCUCAAGGAUGACAGCGAGCCGUAUCGGCGCAUGGUGAUGGAAACUGUCGACAAGGUGCUCAAGAACCUCGGCUCGGGCGAUAUCGGACAGAGGCUCGAAGAACGUCUCAUCGACGGUAUCCUUUAUGCUUUCCAAGAACAAGCCGUGGAUGUGAGCAAUGCUGGCCUGAGUGCGUCCGCUCGAGAAGGCCAAAUCAUGUUAGAUGGCUUUGGAACCGUUGUGAACGCGUUGGGCGAAAGGUGCAAGCCGUAUGUGAAACAAAUCGCCGGAACUAUCAAGUGGCGCCUUAACAACAAGUCCGCAUACGUCCGGAUGCAGGCGGCAGAUCUCAUCGGGCGAAUUGCUGUUGUGAUGAAAGCCUCCGGAGAAGAUCAACUCAUGGGGCAUUUGGGAAUUGUUCUCUAUGAGUACCUAGGAGAAGAGUACCCCGAGGUGCUGGGUUCCAUAUUAGGGGCUCUGCGUUCCAUUGUCAACGUCAUCGGUAUGACCAAGAUGACACCUCCCAUCCAGGACUUGCUGCCUCGAUUGACGCCCAUCCUUAGGAAUCGCCACGAGAAAGUCCAGGAGAAUUGCAUUGAUUUGGUUGGUCGAAUUGCGGACAGAGGUGCUGAAUUUGUCUCUGCCAAGGAAUGGAUGCGCAUCUGCUUUGAAUUGCUUGAGAUGUUAAAAGCGCACAAAAAAUCGAUCCGCCGUGCCGCGGUCAGCACCUUUGGCUUCAUUGCCAAGGCAAUCGGUCCUCAAGAUGUGCUUCACACCCUCCUGAACAACUUGAAGGUACAGGAUAGGCAGAUGCGAGUAUGUACAACCGUUGCCAUUGCGAUUGUCGCAGAGAGUUGCGGCCCAUUCACGGUGUUGCCGGCACUUAUGAACGAAUAUCGCAUCCCCGAGCUCAACGUUCAGAAUGGUGUACUGAAGGCUCUUAGCUUCAUGUUCGAGUACAUUGGAGAAAUGGGAAAGGAUUAUGUCUACGCGGUGACUCCCUUGCUCGAAGAUGCACUGAUGGAGCGUGAUCCUGUCCAUCGUCAAACGGCAUGUGCCACUGUCAAGCAUCUGGCUCUCGGCGUGGCCGGAAUGGGAUGUGAAGACGCAUUGAUCCAUUUGUUGAACUUUGUGUUCCCAAACAUCUUCGAAGAAAGCCCACAUGUGAUCCAAGCUGUGUUCGAUGCUCUCCAAGGACUAAUGGUGGCUCUGGGUCCUAAUCUGCUUCUGCAGUACACAAUUCAAGGUCUCUACCACCCAGCUCGCCGUGUCCGGGAGGUCUACUGGCAACUUUUCAACACUCUAUACAUCUAUGGUGCACAUGCUUUGGUCGCUGGGUAUCCCAUGGUGGAGGAUGAAGGAGAGAACACUUAUGAAAGAUCAACACUGACUCUCUUUAUUUGA